UAUGCUUCACCUGCCUCACACUCGCUUAGUUUGAACGGAAGGUUUUGUUUGGAUUACUUUUGGAGUACUUGCAUUUCGCUUCCAAAUGACUCGAGUUUACGUCGGAAAUCUGGGAAAUAAGGGUUCCAGGCGAGAACUCGAACGUGAGUUUGAGAGAUACGGGCCUCUUCGCGACGUAUGGGUCGCUCGAAAUCCUCCAGGCUUUGCUUUCAUUCUGUAUGAAGACUCACGGGAUGCUGACGACGCGAUCCGUGAAAUGGAUGGAAAGUUAGUAUGUGGAGAACGGAUUCGUGUAGAACUUGCUCGAGGUCCUAGUCGUGGCGGAAGAGCUGCUCGGCUUGGACUGACGGAGAAAUGCUUUGAUUGUGGAAGGGUUGGACAUUACGCUCGGGUUUGUACACGUCGACCGCCCGGCGGAAGUCGAGACCGCGAUCGAGAGCGGCGGCGCUCCAGAUCACGCAGUCCACGAUCCCGUUCCCGUUCUCGUUCACCCAAACGAAGACGCAGUCACAGUCGAUCUCAGUCUCCAAGGAGGAGACGCUCUGCAUCAAAUGAAGACAGAAAAUCGAAAUCUCACUCAAAAUCUCACAGUAAGAGCCGUUCACGCAGUCGAAGUGAAGAGAAAAUCACUAGAGAAAGAAGUGCAAGUCCUGGUCCUGACAGAAAGCAAGAGCAAGAGAAAGAAGACUAUAAAAGAAGGGAAGAAACAGGGAGACAAGCUGAAGAAGACAGGCCAAGGGCAGAGGAGGAGAGGGAGCAAAAGUCUCGCAGUGCCUCACCUAGGCCAAAUGACACUGACAGCCACUUUAAUGAUGACAACGUGGAAUAACAGUGUGGCUUCUCUCACUUACAGUGUUGUCCAGUUAUUUCAGUAUUUGUAGAUAUUCUUCUAAAGUCUGUAGCUUUUAAUCAAGAAAUUGCUUGAAGAUUCAGCUGUAGCUAUGGUUUUCCUUGUCUAGAUUAGCUAGUUGGUGAAUAUUGAAGGAAUUCUGGGUCAAAAUGUAGCUGUUGGAUUGGGCGGGGUGCAAGUGGGUCCAUGUUGUGGUAACAGGUCAGGCUGUUUGGUGUGAGGCAGGCCCUUUUGUCACCUUAGAUUCUUUGAUAACCUAAGGCUGGUAUGGUGGUGUUACAGGAACCCACCCACUUGAUACUCAGGAUUCACAAAACAAAUAUAGUUAAUUAUCUCCAAAUUUUUUUUAUCAUUAGAAGUAGUAAUGGUAUCACUUGCAUCGUUCUUUAUUACAUACUUUUUCUGUUACCUGUCUACAGUGUUUAUUAUGGUUAGUAUAUUGUGUGAGUUUGUAGGCGGGGAAAAAUUAAGACCCAUUUGAAAUCUAUGCAAAUUAAGUCAAACCACCAAAUUCAAUUGUUAAUGUCAUUGGAAAUUUAGUACUGUUAUAAAAUACCUGAGUUUUACUUCUA